AUGGAGCCGGGAGGCGGUGGGCCAGGCCCUCUGAUCGUGAACAACAAGCAGCCGCAGCCGCAGCCGCAGCCGCCGCCGCCCCCGCCCCCCACGUCCCCGCAGCCCCAGGCCGUGGCCUCCCGGACCGCCGGCGGCGGCGGGGGCGUUGGGGGCGUCCUGCCCGGGGGCAAAGGGCGGGAGUUCAACCGCAACCAGCGCAAGGACUCGGAGGGCUAUUCUGAGUCCCCAGACCUAGAAUUUGAAUAUGCAGAUACAGAUAAGUGGGCUGCAGAGCUCUCAGAACUUUAUAGUUACACUGAAGGACCCGAGUUUCUGAUGAACCGAAAAUGCUUUGAGGAAGACUUCAGGAUCCAUGUGGCAGAUAAGAAGUGGACUGAACUUGACAUUAACCAGCACCGUACCCAUGCCAUGAGGCUCCUGGAUGGCUUAGAAGUCACUGCCCGGGAAAAGAGGCUCAAAGUAGCCCGCGCAAUCCUCUACGUUGCCCAAGGUACCUUUGGUGAGUGUACCUCCGAAUCCGAAGUUCAGUCCUGGUCGAGGUACAAUGUCUUCCUGCUCCUGGAGGUGGGCACGUUCAAUGCUUUGGUGGAGCUGCUGAACAUGGAAAUCGACAACAGCGCAGCUUGCAGCAAUGCUGUGAGGAAGCCCGCCAUCUCCUUGGCCGACAGCACUGACCUGAGGGUACUGCUCAAUAUCAUGUACCUGAUUAUAGAGACCGUUCACCAAGAAUGUGAGAGUGAUAAAGCCGACUGGAAGACCAUGAGACAGACUUUCCGAGCAGAGCUAGGCUCUCCCCUGUACAACAACGAGCCAUUCUCCAUCAUGCUGUUUGGGAUGGUGACCAAGUUUUGCAGUGGACAUGCACCUCACUUCCCCAUGAAGAAGGUUCUUUUGCUUCUCUGGAAGACAGUAUUGUGCACACUUGGAGGCUUCGAGGAGCUGCAGAGCAUGAAGGCAGAAAAGCGUGAGAUCUUAGGUCUCCCCCCUCUGCCUGAAGACAGCAUCCAGGUGAUUCGCAACAUGAGAGCAGCCUCCCCUCCCGCUUCUGCCUCGGACCUCAUUGAACAGCAGCAGAAACGGGGUCGUCGAGAGCACAAGGCUCUCAUAAAACAAGACAACCUGGAUGCGUUCAAUGAGCGGGAUCCGUAUAAGGCUGAUGACUCCCGAGAGGAGGAGGAGGAGAAUGACGACGACAGCAGCCUUGAGGGAGAGACGUUUCCCCUUGAGCGGGAUGAAGUGAUGCCUCCCCCCAUGCAGCACCCUCAGACAGACCGCCUCACCUGCCCAAAGGGGCUGCCCUGGGCCCCCAAGGUUAGAGAAAAAGACAUUGAGAUGUUUCUAGAAUCCAGCCGAAGUAAAUUCAUUGGCUACACACUGGGCAGCGACACGAACACCGUGGUGGGGCUGCCCAGGCCGAUUCAUGAGAGCAUCAGGACCCUGAAGCUGCACAAGUACACGUCAAUUGCAGAAGUGCAGGCCCAGAUGGAGGAGGAGUACCUUCGCUCUCCUCUCUCAGGGGGAGAAGAGGAAGUGGAGCAAGUCCCUGCUGAAACCCUUUACCAAGGUCUCCUCCCCAGUCUGCCUCAGUACAUGAUUGCCCUGCUGAAAAUCCUACUGGCUGCUGCUCCCACUUCCAAAGCCAAAACAGACUCCAUUAACAUCCUGGCUGACGUCCUACCUGAGGAGAUGCCAACCACCGUGCUGCAGAGCAUGAAACUGGGGGUCGAUGUUAACCGCCACAAAGAGAUCAUCGUGAAGGCCAUUUCUGCGGUGUUGCUGCUGCUGCUCAAGCACUUCAAGCUGAAUCACGUCUACCAGUUUGAGUACAUGGCCCAGCAUCUCGUGUUUGCCAACUGCAUCCCUUUGAUUCUGAAGUUCUUCAAUCAAACCAUCAUGUCGUACAUCACUGCCAAAAACAGUAUUUCGGUUUUGGAUUACCCUCACUGUGUGGUUCAUGAGCUACCAGAGCUGACAGCAGAGAGCUUGGAAGCUGGAGAUAAUAACCAGUUUUGUUGGCGGAAUCUCUUCUCUUGUAUCAAUUUGCUUCGGAUCUUGAACAAGCUAACAAAAUGGAAGCAUUCCAGGACCAUGAUGCUGGUGGUCUUCAAGUCGGCGCCCAUCCUGAAACGGGCCUUGAAGGUGAAGCAAGCCAUGAUGCAGCUCUAUGUGCUGAAGCUGCUCAAGGUGCAGACCAAGUAUCUGGGUCGCCAGUGGCGGAAGAGCAACAUGAAGACCAUGUCGGCCAUCUACCAGAAAGUGCGGCACCGGCUGAACGACGACUGGGCCUAUGGGAACGAUCUGGAUGCCCGACCCUGGGACUUCCAGGCGGAAGAAUGCGCGCUGCGUGCCAACAUUGAACGUUUCAACUCUCGAAGGUAUGACCGGACCCAUAACAACCCUGACUUCCUGCCUGUGGAUAACUGCCUGCAAAGUGUCCUGGGCCAGCGGGUAGACCUCCCUGAGGACUUCCAGAUGAACUAUGACCUCUGGCUAGAAAGGGAAGUUUUCUCCAAGCCUAUCUCCUGGGAAGAGCUGCUGCAGUGAAGUUUUGCCCAAAGCCCCUGGCACCGAGUGAAGCCUGAUAAUGAUGCCGUGGGCCAGAUUCUGCCUCAGUGUCCCUCCCUGGCUUGUGGCCGCAUUUGCUGCAGUGCUGCUCCUUAUCCUCCAGGUGGCAGUGUAGCUUUGUGUGCCAUCUUUACAAAUUCAUUAUUGCAGAACUCCGAUGCCCCUGGGCUUGAUGUAGGGAAGUUUCUGGGCUUGGCUUCUUUCUUGGUGGUGGUUUCCCAGUGUCCUGCCCAGGAGGGAUGUUCUUCUGCAGAUCGGAAAGGAGCCACCUUUCCUUUCCCAUGCAACAUUUGGCUGGCCAUGACUGAACAGCUGCAGGCCAAUACAUGCAGAGCCCUCUGACCCCUUCCCACAGCAUCCUCCAGAUUUCAGGGGUAAUCCACUAGCUCGGCCAAAACACUAAGCAUGGUGGCCUGCCUCAAAGAGGGCUGAGAGGUCAGCCAGGAAAGCGCUGUCAGGGCGCUUAGCUGGUUUGGUUUCGGAUUCAUCUCCAGCUACCUACUCACCUCCUUCCAAGCAGCUAUCGCAGAGGUCCAGGCUGCUGCUGCCUUAGCACAUCUGCCUUGGAUAGGAUCAGGAUGGGAGACAGACAUUACCCUCAGACAGGGAAACUGUCUUCCCCCUCUGUUUGCAAUGUCCUGUACAUAUCUAUCAAUCUAUCUGUCUAUCUAUCUAUCUAUCUAUCUAUCUAUCUAUCUAU